GUGUUGAAAGUUAAAAUAUAUAAAGGUAAAAUUGAUAAUUUGAUUCACAAUUGAUUCAAUUACCAAGAUUAUGCAACUAAAGACUGCUAUAUUCUUAUACUAUGAGAGUUGACUGUAAUUGAUAAUUGUAUAAUCAUCAGGGGGUCGCUGUGAUUAGCCCAACUAAAAUCAGUAAGAAUUUACGUUAUUGAGCACACAUAUGAGCACUGAGCAGGAUGUGUUCACUCGGUAAUGGAUGUGAGAUAUGGGUUCUGGGUCCUACAUUCCUAUUGUUGAAUAAAUACCCAGUUGAGUUCUUGAUUGUGAAUCACAGUUCAAUUGUUCUCUCUUUGUUGUGGAAUGUAUUUGAUGUGUUUGUUUCAAAGCCCUCCACCUGUUUGAUAAAUUGCCCCUUAGAAAUACAUUUAUCAUUUCUGUGUCUUAGAACCUCCUUUUUCUUUGAAUUUAUUUGUUUUUUCAGCUUUGUAGAUAUAUAGAUAUCGAUAUAUUGCCAUAUUUUUGUUUGUCCAAUGUUGCGGGUUUUCCUUGUUUCAUCUAUUAGGCUUAGAAAUGUGUCUUCUCUAACAAAUAUUGUGGGUUAUCAGUUCUCAAUUCACUGCUAUCGUUGUCAUCAUCAUGAUCAUGUAUUGCCAUUUUCAGCUAAAGUCAGUCCUUGUCAUGGUUUUUACAAGACACCCAUGACACAAAUCUCCCCGUUGUUUAGUCGAACUUCAUUUUCCAUGCCACCAAGUUUGAAUUUAGCUGAAAAAUCAACACACCCAUAUCAUAAAUCUUCAAUUUCCUUGAAUUCUUCACCUGUUGCAGUCCAUGUGGGUGCACAUUUGUAUUCUUCAGAAACUGUUGCAACAGAACAAGCAUCUGACAGUAGUACAAAUGAUGUCGACAAGCUGUACCAAACUAUUACCGAUACUUCUGAUCCCAAUAAUAGCAAUAUGGAGAGAGCUCUUGACCAACUUGGCAUAAAACUGACAACUGAAUUGGUCGUUGAGGUCCUCCACAGGCUUGGUUUCGAGGAAAAAUUGGCCUUUAGGUUCUUUACCUGGGCAGCACACCAAGAAUGUUAUGCUCAUGAACCCCAGGUGUAUAAUGAGAUGAUUGACAUAUUAUCUAGUACUAAAUACAAGGUGAAACAGUUUCGGAUAAUUUGUGACCUUCUGGAUUACAUGAAGAGAAACAACAAAAAAUCGGUUCCUGUUCAGGUUAUUUUAACCACUUUGAGACAGUACGCGGAAAAGCACCUAACCCAUCUUCAGAAUUUUGCCAGGAAGAAGAAGAUAAGGGUGAAGACAACGCCGGAGAUCAAUGCUUUCAAUUUGCUUUUGGAUGCUCUGUGCAAGUGCUGUCUUGUUGAGGAUGCUGAAGCCAUGUUUGCAAAGAUAAAGAGCAGGGUUAAACCCAAUGCUUAUACAUACAAUAUUUUGUUUUUUGGGUGGUGUAGGGUUAGAAACCCGAUUAGAGGUAUGAGCAUACUCGAAGAGAUGAUCAAAAUGGGUCAUGCGCCUGACAAUUUCACCUACAACACUGCCCUCGAUACCUUCUGCAAAGCAGGUAUGGUGACGGAGGCAGCUGAACUUUUGGAGUUCAUGAGAAAGCACGGCUCCACCUUGUCUUCUCCCACUGCAAAAACUUAUGCAAUCAUGAUUGUGGCACUUGUUCAAAACAAUAAAAUGGAGGAAUGCUUUAAACUUCUUGGGGAUAUGAUAAACAGUGGAUGCCUUCCUGAUGUAUCAACAUACAAGGAAUUGAUUGAAGGCAUGUGUUUGGCUGGAAAGGUUGAAGCAGCUUACAAACUCUUGGAAGAGAUGGGAAACAAAGGUUAUCCCCCUGAUGUAGUCACAUACAACUGUUUUCUUAAAGUUCUUUGUGACCAAAAAAACAGUGACGAAGCACUUAGGCUUUAUGGAAAAAUGAUUGAUGUGGAUUGCAAGCCUAGUGUACACACUUUUAAUAUGCUAAUUCAAAUGUUUUUUGAGAUGGGUGAUCCUGACGGGGCCUUUGAGACAUGGCAUGAGAUGGAUAAGAGGGGCUGUGCACAUGAUACUGAUACUUAUUGUUCGAUGGUUGACGGGCUUUUUGGCUGCAAUAAUACAGAGGCUGCCUGUAUACUUUUGGAAGAAGUUGUAAAUAGGGGAAUGAAGUUACCAUAUCGGAAGUUUGAUUCAUUCCUGAAGCAGCUUUCAGAUAUUGGCGAUCUCCAAGCUAUCCACAGAGUCUCGGAGCAUAUGAGGAAAUUCUACAAUCCUGCUAUGGCACGACGUUUCGCAUUGAAUCAGCCUAUCCCUUUGUAA